UUUUCAGGGGUUGCUGGUUCGCAGCCAGAGAAGCUGCUUUUUUUUCCGGGUUCGGAGCCGUUCCGGAUGCUUUAGGCUGCCGGAUGUCUGAUCUCCGGAUAACUGAGGCGUUUCUGUACAUGGAUUAUCUGAGAAUGUCUGAAUGUAUCCAGAUCUCAUUUGCUGUUUGUAGAAUUGGCAUUUACACGUGUUUUAGAGCACUUUGCUGCAAGGGACCACCACCCGCACGCCCAGAAUAUGACCUGGUUUGCAUAGGCCUCACAGGUUCUGGUAAGACAAGUCUGUUGUCAAAGCUCUGCAGUGAAAGCUCUGAGGAUGUUGUGUCAACCACAGGUUUUAGUAUAAAAGCAGUGCCAUUCCAGAAUGCCAUCUUGAAUGUAAAAGAGCUUGGAGGGGCUGAUAAUAUCCGGAAAUACUGGAGCCGCUAUUACCAAGGAUCUCAAGGGGUAAUAUUUGUAUUAGACAGCGCCUCUUCAGAAGAUGAUUUAGAAACUUCUAGAAAUGAACUGCACUCAGCCCUUCAGCACCCACAGUUAUGCACUUUACCCUUUUUAAUAUUGGCCAAUCAUCAAGACAAGCCAGCUGCCCGCUCUGUACAAGAGAUCAAAAAAUAUUUUGAACUUGAACCUCUUGCACGUGGAAAACGCUGGAUUCUGCAUCCCUGCUCACUGGAUGAUGUGGAAGCACUGAAAGACAGCUUCUCUCGGCUGAUAAAUUUGUUAGAAGAAAAAGACCACGAAGCUAUACGAAUGUGAAUUCUGGCAAAGAAAAUGGGCUCCCAAAAGGCCUUGAACGUAUCAUGUUAGUUUCUCAUCUUAAUUUUAUUUUGUUAUUAAGACUAUUAUGGCUUAAUUAUCUAUUUUUCUCUAGUUAUUUCAGACUCUCAUCUCUCUAUGAAAGUGAAUAUUCUGUAAAUCAGGUGAAUUAUCAUCGGCAUUAACGUCAAGUACACACUACUGAGAGAGAAUUUAUUCUCUGUUUACCACUAAUUAUCUUCACCGCAUGUCUCUCCCUUCUGUUGUUCUAAGCGUCUCUUCUAUACCCUGUGCUAAAACGGAUGGAAUUCAUGGCUCACGGAAAUCAAGUCCCUUAUGACGGACUUAGAAAAACUCACAAGACCUUGACUAAUCUUCCCUGGGUUUGGAGUGGAGUAUUAUUGUGUGACUGGGACUCCACAUAAUAGGUAUAUCAUUUUCAAGAUCUCUUGGGGGUUUUAUUUUAUCUUAUUUUUGUUUUAUUUUGUUUUGUCUGUCUUUUAUAUAUAUUGAUUUUAUAGACUAUGAGAGAAAAAUGAGCACCAAAAACUUCACUUAAUCACCUUAUCAGAAAGGAAUAUCCUGCCAUAGCAAAACUGGCUUUGGAGGGUGAAAGAUACGAUGCAUGUUUCCUCGACUACAUCUGAAGUCCCACUCCCCUCUCAAGACAUUGUUUUAGUUUUUGAUAGGGGUAAGAGGAAAUUUAGGCACCCACACAUGCAUCACUGAUUACAUUUGAUCAAGUCCUCAAAUAUUUUUUAAUGGAAAGAUUAGCCUGUAUAAAGUCAAGCUGCAGUGUAAUAUAGGUAUGUUUUUCUAAAAAAUUGGAAGUGUUUAAUUAGAAAACAUAAUUUUUAAAAUAGUAAUAAAAAGUUUAAAAAGUUAAAAGAGGCCUAGUUUAUACUGGUUAAGAGUUUAACCUAGCAUGGAUUUAACAGAGCUAUCAAAGACAGAAUCAUGUGUAUAUUUGUUCAUCAAGUGCUAAUAUAGUUCAAUGGAGUCUGUUAAUGCCUUCCUCAAGUAGUUAAAGGUCUAUCAGUAUUUCUAUUAUAAACCUCUAUUUUCAGGGGUUUAAAUGUGCCCUUAAAAAAUGCACUGGGGCCGCAACAAAUAAUUUUAGGCCUCAGAUUCAGUCUUUGGAACUAAUUUUGUUUUCAUUUAAUUUAAAUGAUAAAAUUACUUGGAGCUAAAUGUACAGUUUUACUAAGGCUUAUCGCCUUUGAUCUUUUCUAAAACAAGAAAAAUCUAUGGAUUCUGAGGUUCAUAGACGAAAUAUUCUUCGUCACACUUUGUGGACUUUGACCACUUAAAAUACUAAGUGGCCAAAUAAUAGAAAACUGCUCCCUACCCCCUGAGUGAUAAAAACGUGUUUGUAAUUUAAUUUUUAAGUAGCAUGGACUAAUACCCAAAUGCCACAGACUCACACUGUAUUGCAGGGUGAUAUAAUAACUUGUAAUUCUCCAGAAGAGAUACUUCAUACCCUUACCAUCUUUCAGAUACAGCUUUUAAGUGAAUUUUAAUGCAGUCAUUACCUUUGAAACAUCGAACACCUCUUUUAAGCUUUUUUCUAAGGUCAUGGAUCAGGAAAGAUCCACAGUAAUUCAUAUAAAUUUUGUCUACAACAUCCUUGAAUAUGUCUAACAAUGUAUAAUCCAUGAACAGCACAAUUCCAGUGACCAGUUACACAAUUCCUGUUUUUAUUUUGGCCUGUUGUGCUCAUCUUCUAUGAAAAAAAUCUAUGAUGAUCAGGCCUUGCUUUCCCUGCAAAUUCAUUAACUGUAGAAUGUUGUCAUUUUAAGAUACUGCGGCUGAGUGCUCCUAAGCCAUCUGUUAAAUGACUUCCCGUUGCCUGUGUGUGUGUGUUCAUGUGUGCACCACUGAUGGGCUUCUCCUCAGACCCAUGACUGUCUGCAGCGUCUCAGCCAUCAGAAUAAAAACAUUAUCAAUCAGUACCCAACAACAGCUGUUUUUGACAAGUUUCUGUCUGACGCCUAAUGCUUUACAACUGUCAAGAAGGCUCCUUCUUUGUCUAGCAGGUCGGAGCUCGCCGUCUUGCUGCUUCCGUGCGCCAUCCUGUCCUGUAACCCUAGAAUUUGUCAUGUUUUGGAAAUCCACGUGGGGGAGGGGUGGAGGCUGGAUGGGUGGGGGUGGGUAGGUGGGUGGGCGGGUAUGUGUGGCAUCUUCCUACUUUUGUAUAAAGUGCCACAGGUGUCUUAGUUUGCAUAUUCAAAUAUUAUAUAGGAAAAACAGUCUGCUAUGUAUUUCUUCACUUAGCUUCUUGUUAUAUUUAUGGGCGUUACCAGUUUUUGUACCUUCUUAGCUAAAGCAGUUGCCUUUUUAUAAUGGCAAUUAAUUUAUAUGAUAAAACUUUGUAUCUACCAUAGUUUACAGUAUUGGUUGCUAAUUAACUGCCAUAUUGCCCUGUCUUUCUAUUAAAAAAUACUGUAUCUACAUUUAGAGGUUAACAGAAUCAUGUGGACAUUGCCAGACAAGAAGAACUCGUAUUGUCCAUGAUUGAUAAAUGAUUUCCACUAUCUUCAAUGAAAAUAAACACUGAGUAGAA